AUGGCACUCGUUAAGCAAGGAACGGCCAAGGGCCGUAAGCUCAGGCUGGCCGACGACGCCCUGGAAGGCACGAAUCUAGAGCCGGAGUCAGUGGAAGAGAGCAUCAGGGUGGAAAGCGGUCAUAUUAAGGCAUGGAAGGUGGAACAGAAAUCGAUGCAGUUGAUAGUGGAGCCUCCAACGCAGGCAGAGAUUGAAGAAAGUCGUCAGGGAAAGACGUCCACAUCUAAAAAGGUGGUGGAAAAGACGCAGGCGCAAAAGGAUCAGGUGCAACGGUACUACGCUUUUGACAGGUGCUUCGAUGACGAAGCGGAGAAUGAUGAAGUGUUUGCCUAUGUAGCACGAGACAUCGUCUUGGACGCUUUUAAGGGGAUCAAUGGAUGCGUCUUUGCCUACGGCCAAACUGGCUCCGGGAAAACCCAUUCAAUUAUGGGCGUCGCAGAAGAUCCUGGCAUUUUGCCGCGGUCUCUUGCAGAGUUUUUUGAUUGCAUGUCGGAUUCCUCUCUGUUGAGGGAGGAAAUGGAGGAUGCUGCUGCUGAAAAAGAGGAAGACCCAGGGGAAACUCAACUUGCUACGAUGGAGUCCCGAUCAGAGGGCCUGGAGGAAGGCGAAAACCGAGAAUAUCUCAUGAGGGUGUCGUACGUCGAAAUAUACUUGGAGCGGGUGAACGACUUGCUGCAAGAAGGCCCUCGAGGAGGGGCUGUAGAAAACCUUGACGUCAAAGAAGACCCGAAGAAGGGAUUUGUAGUGGUUGGACUGCAUGAAGAAGCUGUUGCCUCUAUGGAGGAAGUAAUGAACCUUUUAUCCAAAUCCCAUGUCGUUUUCUCGAUAACACUAGAGUCCACAAGCACCUUUGAGGAUGGAACAAAUGUCAGCCGACGUGGAGAACUGAAGAUAGUUGACCUAGCAGGCAACGAAAAGGCAGGCAGGGCUUCUGAAGGCGUGGAAAACGCCAAGCUUGUUCUCGAGGAGGGGAAGGCAAUCAACAAGUCUCUUUUUCUUCUUUCGGAGGUCAUAUCCAAGCUCUCGAAGCAGGCACAGCAAGGUGAUGACAAGACCAAGAAGAAGGGGGAAAAGGAAGUGUACAUUCCUUGGCGAGACUCGAAGCUCACUCGUCUUCUCCAGAAAGCACUUGGAGGUAACAGCCGUGCUGCAGUGUUGGUGGCUGUCCACCCGUCGAGCCUCUACUUGGACACCUCUUUUUCAACCCUUCGCUUCGCAAUGAAGUGCAAGGAAAUCAAGAAGAAAGUCUGCGCAAAUUUCUUUUCUCCAGAGCAGUCCCUUAUUGCACAACAGAAGAAGUUAAUUGCAAUGCUUCAUGCGCAGCUGAAAGAGUUGUCGGAGGGAGGGGUAGUUCCGGGUGUCAAGUCGCAAAGGAAUGCGGAAAACGAUGAACAAAUUCAAAUUCUAAAGAGCGACUUGGAAAAUAAAGUGGCAAAGUUCCAGCAGUUCAUCAUCAAGGCGACAGCUGCCCCAACGCAAGCGCCUCCUGGAGGGGGGCUGCAACGGGCACGUACCAUGCGUCAGUCGUCUGCAUUCAGAAGGAUGGAUACCCUGGCCGCAGCGCGCUAUGGGUUGAGAGACAUUGACGGACUGAACCAAGCCGACUCCGAGGAUCCUGCUGUGAGGGCGUCUAUGACUCAUGCGCUGAGCUUGUUGGAUCGUUUUGGUCAGGAUAUCAAAGGCGAAGGAGGUGGGAGUUUCCAGUCUUUGUCUAGUGGAGACAAUUCUGGGGGGGCAGUUUUGCGGUUUGAGACCCUGGAGCAUUCCAUUGAGGGGGCGAUACACGAACUUGAGUGUAUAGAUGAAAACCCUCUAUCCGCGGGUGAAGAGUCUCUGACUUGCGAAGAUUCAUCGGCGAGUGACGUUUCCGAUCAUGAAGCACCACUGGAAGCUCACGCGGAUGAAGGGGGGCCUCCUGAGCAACAGCCAGACGCAGGGAUUAGUGAGCGCAAGCUCAAACCAACCAAAGUCAUAGCUGCAGCUGCUAAGGCGAAGGCCACGCGGCCCAAAGGAGAGAAGAAACAGAAAGCGAAAACUGCGAAAGCUCCUAAAAAGGCGAAGCCAUCCUCUCCUGUCAAGCAACACAGCGACGUAUCGCCCGAGCCGCCUCCAGCCACAAUUACCCCAGACGAGCCUGCGGAACAGGAGCGCGACAGUAGUGAGUCGCGGAAAAUCAAGGCCUUAGUCCUUAAGCAAAAGGCAGAGAGGGAGAACUGGGCUGCUAGGCUUAGGAAGGCAAAAGAAAUGGGGCUGGAAGUCAUAUCGAAGGUUCUUUUCCGGAUGCAAGAUGAAAAGGAAGCGCUGGUCAAGUCUAGGAAGCGCACCGCAGAGUUGAUGACCCAGAUUCGUCAUAUAUGUGCAUUGAUGCAUCGGCUGGGGCUUUCAGUGCUCAGCACUGCCUCUGCACCAGGAAAAGGAAGGAACAAUGAGUUGCCUGCUAGAGAUCAAGACAGCGAGUCGCUUAAGUGUUUCCUCGAUCGUGUGAAGAAGGAGAGGGAUGCGGAGCCAUUAAAACUUUCUCUAGGCAUUGGUGACCCCGUGGGCCAGGCAGCAAAAGCCCAGGGCUUCCCUGAUAUUGAUCAGAUCCGCCCUUUAGCAUGCGCUGCAAUUAGUAAUGCGUUGUCACGUGUUAUGCUGGCGGAGGUAUUAGAAAGUACGCAAGACAACGGGGAAAUUCAACGUACGGGGAGCGAUUCAACUUCGCAGCCGCCUCUUAUGGCAUUAGCUGCUUCGGUUGCAUCUUCGGGAAUACCUGCUAAAAGUGAAGAAGCAAAUACUCCAAGGGUCCCACAAAAUGAGGAGGAGGCGGUCAGUGCGUUGGAACUGAUCUUCACUAAAUCAGCUCCUACUGAGAGUAGCAUGGCAACAGUCGACGCAGAGACGGCCCAAAUGGUGGAAGGCAAGAAGGAACAAACACUAGAGUCCAUUUUGCAGAUCCUCCCCCCAUGGGAGCAGCAUAUGCUGGCGCUCCUGUACGAGCAGCAAGAAAUGAGGAGGGCGCUCGGCCAACUUAGGGACCACUUUGUGCACAGGCUUAAGGAAAUCCAAGUGUCAGUCAAGAAGGGACUGCUGGAGAAGCUCGAGCUCACUGAGCACUGCGACAGAAUGCUGGCUGCCCUAUGGAGCUUCAAGGCAGAGCUAACCGACUCGAAGUCACCGAACCGCGUCGAUGAAGACACAAAUGCAAAGUUUGCAAAACUGAUGGCCAAACUUGAGGAGCUUUCAAUUCGCCUUGCUGAGCGGGACAUCGACUACAAGUUACUCUCCGAGGAUUACUUGGCUGUCAAGCAGGAGAACGCAACUUUGCAAGAAACGACACGGAGGCUUAAGGAGGAGAACAGAAGCCUACUUAUGAUACCUAAGACAAUGACAAAUUGGGAGGAGCUAAAGGGCUAUGAUGAUGUGGAGAAGAGAGCUUUGGCAAGAGACGUCCAAAUGCUGCAGGGCUAUGCCUCGCAUUUGCGCAUGAAGCUCGAGGAAGGCCGUGCUGUUGAGCUUGACGUGCGACGACUGAACCAGGCGCUCUACAUGGAGCUUCUUGCUGCAAACACGACAAUAGCGGAUCUGCAGGAUCAGAUAAAAUUCUACACGAGCGUAGACAGAAGAGAAGCGACGCUUCUAGAGGAGCAAUUAGCUGCAGCGAAUGAGGCGGAGGCGGAAAAGAGUGACAGAAUUCGAGACCUGGAGGAGGAAGUUGCGACGUUAAAAGAGCAGCUUGCUGCAGCACUGUCCAAGCCGGAAGCUGAGGAAGCUGAAGUGGAACUGCCUGUUGAACCCGUAGAAGUGUCGGCUGAAACCGAACAACAGGGACCGACCAGACGCUCGGUGAAGAAGAGUGCGCUAACGGCGAACGCCAAGGCAAAGCCAAAAGCUACUUCCAGAGGUCCUUCCAUGGCUGUGACUCAAGCUGCCGCCAUUUCGCCGGCAAAGCAAAAGUCCCUAGGAAAGCGCAGCAUCACGACUUCAGCUGGAGUAGAUCGGGGGUCGCUGAAGCGCGUACCGCGUGCCCCAUCAAGAACGAGCAUCGCGAAGCCAGAAAAGCCUACUUCCGCAAAGGGCGGAGAGGGCGUGAGACUUGUCAGGGUUGUUGAACCAGAAGGCCACUCUAGCUCGACACCCACUUCGAAGGCUACCUCCUCUGUGCAGCCCCCACAAUCCCUUUCCAAGACAGUUUCAAUCAGUCUCCCAGCCGAAGAGUCCCACGCUACCCCAGAUGCUAAUAGCUCGACCGCCGAAGCACCGACAAAAGUAACAGGAAGGGCUCCAGCUUUCACAGGUGACCCGCGCAAUAAGGGGCUAACUAACAUGAUGGCUGCUCUAAGCGGGCGGAGGCGCAAAGGGGGUGGCAUUUGA